AUGGUGAUUAAGGCAUCAGCAUCAGCGAACGCCACCGUAACACGGCCGACGGCCAGCCAAUCGAACUCGAGCAGCCUGACUCUCUCAAGCGCUACCUCUUUUAUAUUUUACGACCCCAAAACCCAUCGAUCAGAAACCAUCAUCCAGCGCGACAUUGCUUUUUUUUUUUCAAGACGCCCAAUUCACCACUUAUCCACAUACCUGUGCCCCCCGUCGUGUCGCCCCGUGCGUUCGCCCUCGCCCACCUCCUCCCCUGGUCCCGCCCAUUCUUCCUCCUCUCAAGGCGCACUUUCGCACCUUGAAUUUGGAGGCGGCGCUCCCUUUGCGCCGGCUAUGACGAAUUAUUCAACCAUCACAAAUGCACAGCUCUCGAAUACAGACGCUAGCGACAUGUCGAGUGACCCCCCGGAUCCGGUUGGCCACGUUGAAGCUAAUUCUGGCGGUUAUCGCGACAGCAGACACCGACGACGCGGCGGUAAAGAUGCCGGUUACGCGGGCAAGGCUUCGCGCGCCAGCAGCGUCGUCAACCUCCUCAAUACCAUCGUAGGAGCUGGCACCCUCACAAUGCCCUUUGUGCUUUCGCACAUGGGUAUCAUGCUUGGUGUCGUCCUCAUCCUCUGGUCCGCCUUCACCUCGGCCUUCGGCCUCUAUCUCCAAUCGCGAUGCGCCCGAUACCUCGACCGCGGCACCGCCUCCUUCUUCGCCCUCUCCCAGCUCACCUAUCCCAACGCCGCCGUCAUCUUCGACCUCGCCAUCGCCAUCAAGUGCUUCGGCGUUGGCGUCUCCUACAUGAUCAUCAUUGGCGACCUGAUGCCCGGCGUCAUGCAGGGCCUCACAAACCACACCGACAACUUUCCCUACCUCGUCAACCGCCAUUUCUGGAUCACCGCCUUUAUGCUCCUCGUCAUCCCCCUCAGCUUCCUGCGCCGCCUCGACUCGCUCAAAUACACUAGCAUUGUCGCCCUCGUCUCCAUAGGCUACUUGAUUGUCCUCGUCGUUUACCACUUUGCUGCUGAUGUCCACGCCGACCCCGGCGACAUUCGCGUCAUUGAAUGGGCCGGUGCCGUCCAGACCUUAAGUACCUUGCCCGUUGUCGUCUUUGCUUAUACAUGCCAUCAAAACAUGUUCUCCAUCCUCAACGAACUUGGCGACAACACACCUGGCAGCGUGGUUGCCGUUGUGGGCAGCAGCAUUGGCUCUGCUGGCUUCAUCUACUUGCUCGUCGCCAUUACUGGCUACAUUACUUUCGGCAACUCGGUAGUUGGAAACAUCAUCAUGAUGUAUGCUACUGGCGUUGCCUCCACCAUUGGCAAGGCAGCCAUUGUCAUCCUCGUCCUCUUCUCGAUACCGCUCCAGGUCCACCCCUGCCGCGCCUCUCUCGAUGCCGUCCUUGGCUGGCGCCCCAAUCGCUCGCAAAAUAACAACGGUCGUCCCAGCUCCCCGGUGCCGACCGCCAACCGCGGCGACCAUGGCAGCACCGCCCCGAUGUCGGAUAUGCGAUUCGCCCUCCUCACCACUAUCAUUCUUACCUGCGCAUACGCUACCGCUCUUUCCGUUAGUAGUCUGGACCGCAUGCUCGCCUUUGUCGGCAGCACUGGAUCCACUUCGAUCAGCUUUAUCCUGCCCGGCCUGUUUUACUACAAGAUUAGCGACCCCGAAAGCAUCCACCACCAGCGUCUACUCAAGGAAGACGAUGACCUCGAAGACUCAACUUCAGAUGUUGAGGAGUCGGCGGCCCUGGCGCAGAACCCCGCCGCGCCUGGUCCUUCAGGCCCUCGAGGAGUCUGGCGCUGGCGCAAGAAGUGGCGCUGGGACCUUGAACACAUUGACCACGAGGUUAUCCGUAAGGCCGCCUUGGUCUUGGCCAUAUACGGCGUUGUCGUCAUGGCCACCUGGGAAUAA